AUGCAAACCAACUCCGAAAAGGUGAAAUUCGUGCAAGAAAGGUUAUCCAAACUUAGUGUCAUUGCUUUUUUCAAAAGAUACGGAUACAGCUAUGACUCUCGCGAGGCCGCCCAGGAAGAUCUCAGAAAUUGUUUGGAUUAUAUACACCGUACUGCUACAGCUAAAACUGCAAACAUUGCAAAGAAAUAUCUAGUUAAAGAUCUACGCAAAGAACAACUGGAUGAUGAUGUAAAGCUUUCUAAGGAAAAGCAUAAUAAGAAGCUUAUCGUUAACGUUUUACGGGAGCACAAUGUUGUUAGUGAUCUAAUGGCCUCUGAAACUGAACAACAACGCUCCAAUGAUGAUGACCUUCCCAACGGCGAUGACCUUUCCAAUAAUGACCUUUCCAAUAAUGACCUUUCCAAUAAUGACCUUUCUGAUGAUGAUGACCUUUCCGAUGAUGACCUUUCCGAUGAUAACAACGAUGACGUUUCUAACUCAGGAAAAGAUAAUGGAUAUGAGAAUGAAGACGAUGUGGAUGUUGCCGAUUUAUGUAAACCACAUGUGAUGGAAGCUGACACUGUAAAAGCGUUAACUUCAGAUGAAUGGGCGGAAGUACGGAAGCUAGUAAAUAGUUAUCGAUUAAAAAUACCGAAGACGGAGGUGUACAUACAAUUUUCUAGUCCACUUUUCUACCACAUUGUUGACCAUUCAGGUCAACACGGGCCAACUACAAAAUUGCUUAAUCGAUAUAUGUCAUCAAGGCGUCAGUCACUACCUAACGUGAGCUUUGAAUUGCCAAGUCUUUCAGUUGAACAAGAUGAAUUUUUUGAUAAACUGCUUGUGGCAGAGGACCUACAAGAUGUUCGCGCAAGUACUUCUGAACAACGAAAUGCCAAGAAAUUGGUUGAUAGGAUAAAUGAUUCAAUAAAUUGUUCAAACAAAGAUGAUAUCCCAGAAUAUGAACACACCAUGCGCAAUGUGAUUCCAUUCAUUGACGCAUCAAUCAGAGAUUUCCCGGACUACGUUAUACGCUAUUUUGAAAGUACGCUUCGCGUCACAGCAAUACGUCGCAACUUGGGUGGAGAUCUACAGAGCGUGCGCGAAUGGGAUAUAGAGUGGUGCUCUCGUGCCAAAGAGUGGAUAGAUACACUUAAGCUCAGCUGGGAACUGCGCGAUGUGUGGGCUCUGGCUCAAGAUCAGCUAAAUGGAGUAGAUGCUAGUACUUUGGUCGUAUGGGGCUUUACUGUUAUUGCCCGCACAAUUCGUAUUUACGCACUUGCAUCUGCUGGUGGUUUGUUCCACCUCAUACUUGCUUAUGAGGCACCUCUACCUUCAUCUAAAUGGGACAUUCGUAACAACGAAAUUGCUUAUUGCACCAUGUUGGGAUUUUUUCAAAAGUUGAAUACUACCAAAAAGAUGCUUGUCGAUCUAAACGAUGAAAGAAUAAAAAUGUUACGCACUGGAGUAAAACGGAAAAAGCCUACUGGA